AAGGGUCUCAUAGCAAACCACUACAACGAAUUCACCAAACAAACCACGAAGCGAAUUUUUCUGCCAAUACCCAAAGAUAAACAGCUCCACCCGCUACUCUCUGCAUUCCCCUUUUUUAAUUCUUUUGACCUAUCCUUGACACCAGCCUAGAUGUUAUCCGGGCACCAAACCCUGGCCCGGAAGUUUCCAUUUUUAUGUUCUCAUUCCCGAAAGGCUUCCGCUUUCGGAACUACUCCAAGCUACCACACUAUUCGCACAGGUGGAGGAGUGCGGCGGAUACGGUGGGUAUUUCUUCGCUUCCUAUGCCCUAUACUCUCAUGAAUUCUAAAGGCAAUGCAGUGGUGGGAAUUUCAAUUGGACUUCCGGGUCCUUGGGCCGUCAAAAACUGCUCGGCAAUGCUGCUCCGAUUGUCAGUUCUUCUCUAGGGCCACCACAUUUGGGGAAUCAUUGUCUACCCCCGGGCGUUGCAGUUUCUGUUCUUGGGUUCACCGAACGAUCAAACAAACAGAGUUUCUCAACCUCGACCUCCUUGCUCGCUCAGGCAGGGCAUAAGGAGUUGUCUGACAGCAGAGAUAAUACUACUUUCGAGGAUGGGGGGGGAAGACAAGGUCGAGAAGAUACAGGAGGUCCAGUUUCCAAACACCAUACUGAAGUUGCUGAUCACAGCGGACGGGUAUUAAAGGUCAGCACAAAAACAGAGUCCUUGGACAUUUGGAAGAUGCUUCGCGAGUUUGCGAAAUUGUUACGAAGCGGGGCCAAGGAGGAAAUCAAGGUGGAAAAAAAUAGCCCAAUAUCGGCAGAGCCCGCUGUGGAAAAAGGUAGCCCAAUAGCGGCAGAGCCCGUUGUGGAAAAAAAUAGCCCAAUAUCGGCGGAGCUCGUUGUGGAAAAACAUAACCCAAUAUCGGCAGAGCCCGUUGUGGAAAAGGAAUUGAAGGAUGCACCCCGGGAAAUCCUAGACGAGUCACCUUUCGUCUUGCAAAGUAACUACGCAGAUGACAUUGUCGAGGAACUGGAACAACCGGAGGCCCCCGAGAAUAAUUCCCACGAACAGGAGCAGUUUGUUGAGCAAAGCUCUUACUCAUUCCCUGGACUUGAUCUACCGGCAGAAGAGCAAGGGUCUUCUCCCAACAACGCGUCAACCAUGGGUGUCCCUGAGUUUAGUCAUCAGGCUGAAGAGAGGGCUUCAGAAGUUACAGAGCCUGAGACUAGUGGUUUUCAGUCUCGAGAAAUUUUCGGAUCGGGUGAUAGCUCACCCCGCCGAGUAUCUGGAAAAAAACAAAUCGAGAUUGAUACCCAUUUAACCACCGUUAAGACUCCUGUACCAGAAAAGAGAGCAGGCAGGGCGAGCGCGGCAAGAGCUACUGAGCGCAAGAGAGUUGUUAGCACUGAAAAAGCUGAGACAGUCGCUGAAGUUGAAGCUACGCCAAAGCCGAAGACCAGCAAAUCUUUAGUUGAGUUCGCUGAGCCACUUAGUUGGACAAAGUUGCCAUACGUUCCGUUAACCUACCAUAUAUCCGAGCAAACAUUGCUUAGGAAAUUCUCCCUGAGAGAAAGUAGCCCAUUGAGGUAUUGGCGUUACGAUUUAUAUAUGGGUAGCUCAGGGGAGAAGAUCAAUGUCCAUUACUGUAAAACGAUUGAGGAGUUCGAUCGUGUGGCUAAACUAUUUCUCAACGAUAAGAUUCUCGGCUUUGAUUUGGAAUGGGUGCCUGCGAACUUUUCGACUUCAAAAUCUGCAAAGUGAGUUCGCCACGGAUCCGAGACUCCUCAGAGAUUUGGUACUGACUACUCUAUAGGGUCAAUGCAUCGUUGAUGCAGUUAGCAAAUGAAAGCGAUAUCGCAUUAUUCCAUAUUGCCAGAGUCCCAGGUUUGUUGCUAUGCAAAAUUCAUCUAUCAUGGCUAAUUGUGUUCACAGGCCAGGUUCCCGAUUUUGAAUUGAUACCGCCAAAUCUUAGAAGUGUGCUAGAGUCAGAAAAUAUCAUGAAGACAGGCGUAUGUGUGACAGGUAUCUUCACCUUUGUACUUCUUUGUAGUUCCGCCAAUUCAACUCUAACCAUAUUCCAUUAAUUAGGUGAUGCCAAGAGAGUCUCUAAAUUCCUUGGUGUCCACCCUGCCGGAAUUUUCGAGCUGUCUGAUUUGUGGAAUCUUGUCCAUGACGUGAGAACCAUGGCAGGUUCCAUUACUCGACGUUUGAUCGCUCUUUCUAGAUUAACCGAGGAAUGCCUCUAUCUUCCCUUAGACAAGAGUGCCUCAAGGAUAAGCAAUUGGGCGGUUGAGUUAAAUAACAGACAAAUACAGUGUAAGUUUUCAAAAAAAAAAAGGACAUGGGCCUGUCUACAGUGGCUGAGAAGUUGACUCUAAUUCUUUAGAUGCGGCGAAUGAUGCUUAUGCGGCACUCCGCGUCUUUGACGCAUUAGAGGCGAUGAGACAUGGUCUUAGUCCUAUUCCCAAAUUUCCAGGAUGCCGAAUCAUACCCCCACAGGAUCCGCCCUCCGACAGCGACUAUCCCAUCAUUGAGGAGGAGGUGGUGGAAGAAUACGAUUACAAGCUAAAACGCAUCAGCCUCGAUGGACCUGAGGUUGAAAUGGCUAGUUCGUGGGCAGCCUCGUUUUUGGGGGCGCUUGUCGAAAGUGGUAUAGAGGCGAAGGCUCAACAUUCCCAGCUAAAAACUUAUUCGCUGUGGCAUAAUGGGAAGCACUCCGUGGAGGAGAUUGCGGAACUCUGUCGGAACCCGCCAUUGAAAGAGACGACAGUAGUCAUGCACAUUUUGGAGGCUAUUCAGCUUGGGAAUCUUCCUUAUGACGAUGGAAGAUUGGCAGAGUUGAGAAACCAUAUCCCGAAGCCAUUCACGAAUGGCAAGUACCAUUGGGUGUUCGCUUUGCCCGACAAGAAUGGUGGGAACGAGAAUAUCUACCUUUCAUAACCCACGAUCAUUUCCCCCUGCCGCAAUGAAUAUAUAUAUAUACAAAGAAACCUCCCUAUCCCAGUUCUCUUUUCGUUUUCCAAUUAAUCUUUCUCAAUGUAAAUUGCCCGAUUUUGUGAAUCCUGGAUAUAUGAUAGAGACCAUGCUUUACCAUCCUUUGCACAUGUCUAUCAUAGGUAGCUUCAUAUAUCGGUAAGACCACCUAGGUGCAUCUCUUGGUACCUUGUUGAAUGAUGCGCGCCAUUAAACUUUCAAGAUUUGCAAAGGAAUCGACGAAGGAGAAAAAAGGAGAGCAGUUUGAUAUUAAUUGCUUUAUUGCACAAUUACCGUAAUUCAAGAUCCAUGCUCUGAUUGAGCAGCCCGAUUGUCUCCAAAUAGUUACUGAAUACUUGCUCCGUGACCGGUGUCCUAUCUUUUCCCACAACCAGUUUCCGACUGAUCCAAAGAAAACGCUCAAGUCAGUCACAGGUAAUAAGCGCGAACAUAUACAUAUCGUGGGAUCGACUCUUGUUCGAUUCCCAAUAGGGGGCCAACUUUUUCCGACUGUGUAGCUGCCAAUAUGCUACCUUGCAUAAAUUCUUUACAAUAGAAUGUUCCAUCCCCCUCCUUCUCGCCGCUGUCCUUAAAAACUGGACCGUGUUGUCGAUCCGCUGUUGUGAAAAUCGAUUAGGAUCCGAAUGUCGAAAAGCUUUCCGUAGUUUUUCUCGAAUCGAAUAUCGUGCAGGAGAGGAAUAUUGAACGGCGGCCAGCCCGGCCUUAUAAAGGGCUCGGUAAGCGUGAAUAGUAGUGGUGUGAUCGGGAAACAUUUGUCGCUCUUAUGCCGUUUUCUGUCGACUGUUUCGAAAGCCUUUGUAUGGAUAAAAGUGUGUGGUGAUGUUAUUUCUAGGAUCGGGCGAUACCGACACGAGGGUUGUGUUGUGCCCCGGCUCUAUGGUAGUUUUGCAUGCGCUUGCACCUAACUAGUGCUACCAGUAUCAUAAUAUUAUUGUAUGUGGUGGAGUUUGGUCCACUUUAUUCCCUAAAUUACCCGGCCUGCCAUAUCAUUGUCGUGAUGCUGUUUGGGUGAAUAGCUU